AUGAGUGAAAACUAUAAUUUUUCUGAUUUCGUCAAAUUUAGGAAGGGUAGUACCUUUGGCAUAGGAAAGAUAGAGAAUUUCAGUCGUGAAGAGGAUUGGUUCGAAUAUUUCGAAUACAUCUUAAGCGAAGAAUUACCAACAGGUUGGUUUAUAUAUUGUAUAUUUUAUUGUAUUUAAAUAUUACACAACACACAUUUUCCAAUAAUCCUUAUUAUUGUGUUUUUCUUUUUUAUUAAUUUUUAUUAGGUAAACAACCACAUCAUGGAUUGUAUGAAGUGUUUAAGACAGAUUAAUUGAA